AUGGCCCAGUCUGACAUGACCGAGUAUGGCGGGGAAAACGUCGUCCUGACAGAGACUCAGAAAGCGUGUGUUACACUAGCCCGUGGAUUCUACAGCUCCGCCCGUGUAUUACUUUUGGACGAUUGCUUGUCGUCCGUCGACGCUCCCAAAGCACGGCUGAUACUCGAGAAUUGUCGUGAUCAGGGAUUCUUUAAUGGACGUACAGUUAUUGCCGUGUCUCAAUAUGCUAGACUACUGUUGAGCUCUGCCGAGUACAUGGUUGUGCUGGGUGAUGGCACGGUUCUGACAAAAGGCACACCGGACGAGGUUAAAAAUUCCGGCGCAUUAAGUGAAGAGAUGCUUGGUGUAGAAGAAGAUCUUAACAAUGAAAUGAUAGACAGACCCGUCACCGAAACGAGGAAUUGGGCAUCCGAUGAAGUGCGUACGCAUGGAUUUGUUCGGCCACGUGUUUAUUGGUUCUACAUGAAAUCAAGCGGCGGUGUGAUUAUAUGGCUGGCUUUAGUGCUUUUAUUCGGAAUUAUUCGGUCUUUAACAGUUGGAGAGACUUACUUACUAAAAGUAUGGUCGGAUGCGUUUGAUGCUCCGAAUACUAGUGUUAACAUGACGCAUGGCCAGUUAGCCGGUGAAACGGAGACAAAGCCAUAUGUAGAUAAUUUAUACUAUCUACGAAUUUAUGCCGUUAUUGCUUUGGUAUCGGCUUCUGUUACUAUCGCUCGUAUGAUAUGUCAGUCUUGUAUAUCAUUGAAAGGUUCUAAAAGGCUCUUUACUAGGCCGCUCAAUGCCAUAUUAAGAGCACCGUUAAGCUUCUUUGAUACGGCGCCAUUAGGAAGAAUCAUGAACAGAUUUUCCAAAGACCUUGGACUGGUCGAUCAAGGAAUAGUGACAGUCAUGGCUAAUUUCUUGGGAAAUUUGGUGGGUGCUAUAAGCGUCUUAUUGGUCGUAACAGCUGUCGUCAAGGAGUAUUCGUUGGUAUCAGUCAUAAUUGCCAUAUGUUACAUACGUAUCGGUACUAUGUACAUAAACGCGUCAAGAGAGUUAAAACAAUUGCAAAGUAAGACAAGAACUGUUGUUACAUCUUGGUUCAGUGAUACUGCUAGUGGCAUUACUGUUAUUCGAGCAUACAACCAUGAACGUCAUUUCGCUAGUGUUUUUGUUGAAAGGCUUAACACAGCAAACCGGACAACAUAUCUGUUGCAUAUGUCUAACAGAUGGAUGUCGGUCCGAAUGGGAUGUAUCGGUGCUGUUGCAUCGUACUUAGCAGGCGUGUUUAUUCUGUGGCACUUUGAUAGAAUCAACGCUGGCCUUGCUGGUUUUGCUUUAAGCUAUGCAUUGGGUUUCGUACAGAUAGUCUUUUUACUCGUUAAGGACUUCAUAACAAUGGAAACUGGUUUGAAUAGCGUUGAACGUAUUGAGGAAUAUAUUGAUAUGCCGCAGGAACCUCCAGCAAUUAUUGACAGUCAGCAUCCUCCAAAUGCUUGGCCAACAAGAGGAAACAUUGAAGUCACCAAACUGGUUGUCAAGUAUUCGGAAGCAAACUCUAAGCCAGCUCUCAAUAACAUUACAUUUUCAGUCGACUCUGAGGAGAAAAUAGGGAUUGUUGGAAGGACAGGUUCCGGUAAAACUACGCUUGCGAAUUCUUUCCUGAGACUUAUAGAGCCUUCGGACGGUGCCAUUGUCAUUGAUGGUAUCAACAUUGCUGACAUUGGGCUAGAAGACCUUAGGUCACGUAUAACACUGAUAAACGAAGAUCCUAUAUUGUUUGAAGGGACAAUACGUUCUAAUCUCGAUAUUUGUAAUAUGUACAAUGACCAUGAAUUAUGGGAAUCUCUUCGAAGAGUAAAUUUCAUAUCGAUUGAAGAGAAUCCAGCCAGUGACCAAGGUGGUAUUUUAGUUGGACCAAUCAAAAGUCUAGACGAUCCGGUUAAUGAAGGUGGAAGCAAUUUUUCAAGAGGACACAGACAGCUCCUGUGUUUAGCAAGAGCUUUAUUGAGACAGGCAAAGAUAAUUGUAAUGGACGAAGCAAUGGCUAGUAUUGAUCCAGAGAUGGCGAACAAAAUACAAGAGAUAAUUCGUAAUGAAUUUCAUCACGCAACAGUUUUAUGCAUCAGUCAUCGAUUUCGAACUGUGAUUGAUUCAGACAGAAUGCUCGUUCUCGACGAUGGAGAGAUAGCUGAAUACGACACACCAUAUAAUCUCAUAAUGGAUCCAAAAAGUCUUUUUCAUUAUUUAUGCGAACAGACUGGCGAGUUAGAUUCACUAACAGAGCUUGUCAAAUUGAAUCAUCCCGAAUUCGAUAUUCUGGAAGAAGAUCAAGAGGAUGAAGCUGAGGAAGCUGAGGACGAAGAGGAGGAGGAGGUAGAGGCAGAGAACGCAGGCUCAUCGGAGGAGGAACAAUACAACGAAAAUAGUCAGGAAGAAGAACUUGAAUAUGAAGAUGAUGUAGAAGAACAUGACAGUCUUGAGCAAGAAAGUCAGGGAGAUCACUUAUCGUCGAAUGAAAGGACGCUAAGUGAUGAAGCAACAGAAGAUCAGGAAUAG